AUGUCCCAACAAAAGGAAAAUGAAACCAAAAAGGCAAAAAGUAAUGAUGAAUUAGAUAAACCUACUGAGCCAGAAACUAUAGCUAGAGAUGCUGCUGAAAAGACAAAACCAUACGUACCUCUACCACCAUAUAAGCCACCUAUUCCAUUUCCUCAAAUAUUAGCUAAGUCUAAAACUGAAGGACAAUUUAAGAAAUUUAUGGAACUUCUGAAGCAAUUAAACAUAACAAUACCAUUCACCGAAGCCAUAACACAAAUGCCAUCUUAUGCCAAAUUUCUUAAAGAGAUACUGUCUAACAAAAAGAAACUUAAGGACAAUGAAACAGUGAUGCUCACCGCAGAACGUAGCGCUAUUAUCCAAAAAAAUAUGCCACAUAAGCUGAAAGACCCUGGCGAACUAAGACCAACUAGAAUGUCUUUACAAUUAGCUGAUCGCUCUGUGAAGUACCCUGUAGGUAUGCUAGAAAACAUUCCCGUUAAAAUAGGUCAAUUCUAUAUUCCCACAGAUUUCAUCAUAAUGGACAUCCAAGAAGAUUCUAACAUUCCAAUCAUACUAGGGAUACCUUUCUUAGCCACUGCUGGUGCUAUCAUCGAUUUGAAACGAUGA